AUGUCUGACAAUUCAUCUUCUAUCCAUGAUUCACAAGAUUCAGAUGAAAGUGUAACAACAAUAUACAACUCUAAUAAUCAUAAGAUUAAGGAUGAGAAGUCUACAAGUAAAUAUCCAGAGGUUUCAGAUGAGGAAAUUGAUUCAGAUAUUGAUUUAUACCUAAUAGAUGACUCAGAAGACGAUGAGAUUCUUCUUAAGAUGUCCUCUUUCAAUGGUUCUAGUAAGAAACCUGCUGUUAUCAAGAACGAAAAUGGUUAUAUUAAUAUCAAAAGUUUUGAUUUAGGUGAUUUAUAUAAUGAGAAGGUUACAAAAAAUCUAAAUUCAAUUGAAUCAGCUGAAGAUAAAAUAAAUAAUGAAAAAAAAAAAUUUGUUUCCAAAACCUUUACUAAAUCAAACGAAUUAAUGGCAAAAUUAUCAAAAAAUUUUACCAAUUCUCAAUUAAGUUAUUACAUUGAUACUAUUAUUAAGGAUGCUAAUCCUGAUAAAUAUUUGGAUUGGCAUUUUAUUGAGGAAGACACGACAAUUGACGAUAUCUCUCCAAUUUUAUCUUUUGAAACUGCUUAUUAUAAUUGUCAUGAUUUCAAUAGGAUAAGACAUGAAAUCUUGAAGUCAUACCCAAAUCUAAAUUAUAUAUUGCCAACUUUUGGUAUAUCAAAAGAAAAAUUAAAUUCAAUUAAUGAUGGAUAUUUUUGUAUUUCUGAUUAUUACAACUAUGAUAACUUAUGCACAAUACUACCAACAGAUUCAAUGAAAAGCAUUAUUAUUUAUUAUAUCGAUGAACCAAAUUUUGUUAAAUUCUUUUUAUGUUUUAUUCUAGACAAAAAAAUAUAUGAAUCAAACGAUUGUGACUCCAAAUGGUGCGAAGAAAUCGUUUCUGCUUUGGAUGUUGAUGUCAUAGAGGAAUACUUAAAGUUGAUUAAUUUAGAUGACUAUUAUAUGCAUUAUCGAUUGACUAAAUUAUUACCUUCAUUUAAAAAUAAAUUGGUAGAUGGAAUUUUUGGAGAUAAUACCUUGGCACUUAAUAGGAUUAUCGAUGAAUUCAAUACUAUUUUUGAUGAUAAAGAGUAUAGGAAGUUACUAUACUUUUCGAUAUUUAUAUUUGGUUCAGAUUUGGUACCUUACUCCAAAGAAAGUCUUCCUGUCAUUGAUUACAUCUUCAAUUGUAUCAGAGAUGUCUCAGAUAUGACUAAUGUGGCUGAUAUUGAGCUUCUAUUGUUAAAAAGUAUAUUGACAUCAUUUACUAAAAUUAUAGGUACAUAG